GCCGCCAUCGCCGCCCGGUUUGAGUCCCGCGGAGCUGCGGCGGGGCCGGCCCGGCCGGCGGCUGCGCCCUCUGCGGACCGCGGGCCCUUUGGGGAGACCGCGGUUCCCGUCCGAGAAGGGCAAUGGAGCCAGUGACCUUUGAGGAUGUGGCUGUGAACUUCACCUUAGGAGAGUGGGCUUUGUUGGAUUCUUAUCAAAAGGAGCUCUACAGAGAUGUGAUGAAGGAGACCUUUAGCAACCUGAUCUCCAUAGGGAGAACUGAGGAAGAAAACAUUGAGCAUUACCAAAAUGUGAGGAGAAAUCUGAGCAUUCACAUGGUUGAAGGACUCCGUGAAUUUGAACAUGGUAUUCAGUAUGGAGAAACCCACCAACAGAUUGGAGAGCAUGCUGUCAAUGCGUACGAGCCUCCUGGAGUAGCUCAUGAAAACAGUGUGUGCGAAAAUGAUGGCGUCAGUCUCUCACAGGCCCAUGUGCCCCUCAGAGGUCCAGGUGCAGAGAAACCAUAUAGGGAUCAGCAAUGUGUGGGAAAGCAUUUUAAGCAUAAGAAGUGUUGGAAGGAUUUUACACACUCUGAGUCCCUUCUUACCCUUGAGAACCCUUCCAGAGAGAAACCCUGUGGAAAUAAACCAUCUAAUGAGCCCUGUAGGAGUCUCGCUUCUGAUCGAGAUUGUGAGACAACUCAUACUGGAGAUAAUUUCCAUGACUAUAAACAGCUUGAAACAGCUCUCAUGACAUGCCGUUAUGUUCAGUCACACGAAAGAAUCCAAACUGGAGAAAAACCAUUUGUGUGUAAGGAGUGUGGAGAAGCCUUCAUUAAUUCCAGCCACCUUAUCAAACAUUAUAAAAUUCAUACUAGAGAAAAGACGUUUGCAUGUAAGUAUUGUGGAAAAGUUUUCAUCCACCCAAGGGCCUGUUACAAUCAUGAGCGCACUCACACUGGAGACAGACCUUAUGUAUGUAAACAGUGUGGCAAAGCCUGUAUUCAUUCUUACCACCUUCUCCAACAUGAAAGAAGUCAUACCCGAGAGAAACUUUAUGCUUGUAAGCAGUGUGGGAAGGUAUUUGGACGUUCUUCAUACCUUCGCAAACAUGAACGAAUCCACACUGGGGAGAAACCUUAUUUAUGUAAGCAUUGUGGGAAAGCCUUCAGCGAUCCCACCACCCGCAACAAUCACGAGAGGACUCACACUGGGGAGAAGCACUACGUUUGUAAACAGUGUGGGAAAGCCUUCAUCCGUUCUUCUCAGCUUCUGAUCCAUGAAAGAAUUCACACUGGAGAGAAGCCUUACUCGUGUAAACAUUGUGGGAAAGCCUUCACCUACUCCAGUGCCUGCUACAUUCAUGAACGGAUUCACACGGGAGAGAAACCCUAUGUUUGCAAGCAGUGUGGGAAGGCCUUUACCUGUUCCACGUACCUUCACAAACAUGAACGAAUCCACACGGGAGAGAAACCUUAUUCAUGUAAGCAGUGUGGGAAAGCCUUCAUCCAACACAGGGCUUGUUACAAUCACGAACGACUUCACACUGGAGAGAAACCGUAUGUGUGCGUGCAGUGUGGGCAUGCAUUCACUUUUUCAAAAUCCCUUCAAAUCCACGAAAGAAACCACACUGGAGAGAAACCAUAUGUGUGCAAGCAGUGUGGGAAAGCGUUCACAUGUUCUACGUAUCUUCACCAACAUGAACGAACUCAUAAUGAAAAGAAAUCCAGUGGAUAGAACUCAGAGCAAUGUAAAUCCUAUGAGAGUCUUUGUAUCCAGCUUUCUGUUACUACAAGGAGUGAAGGAAGUAUGGGGGAAAACCAAGAGACUAUGAGACCAGCAAUUGUGUAAUUUUUACUUGCGUGUGUAAGUACACAUAGGAUGAAGCCUUAUAUUCCAACACCAGGGCUAUGCAGGUUUAGAGGACAACAGUAUUGAGUAAAUCUUAGGCUACAUGGUGUGAGAUUUACGAAGAGCCAUCUCUAACCAAAUGAAAUUGUCCUUAUGACAAGAAAAAGAAAAUUGUAUAUUUCAAAUAAGAGUUGUUAAAUUUUCUCAUGUAGUUGAAUAUGGUAUAAGCAAGAAAUGUGAGGAACCAGACACGAUUUUUUGGUAGAAUAUUACUGAAAACCUGAAAUACACUAAAAAUGACAAUAAGUACUCUGCAAGGAACAACAGUAGCAAGUGUAUAAAGAAACGACUUGAAUUUUGAUGAUCAAAGUCUGUUUGGUAAAUUAAUUGAAUUAGGAUUGAAUGGCUGCUGUUUUUAAAUCAAUACAGUUUCUUUUAGUAGUAAGCUAUAUUGAAUUUGUUGAAUUCAGAUGCAUUUGUAAUAAUCCAGUAUGCUUAAUUUUUACGUACAUUUUGAGUAAUCAUGUUUCCUAUGAAGUUGAAACUGUGUAUUUGUUUUAGUAUUUUUCUGGCUGUUAUUUUAUGGCAUUUUAAAAAAUACUAUUAUUAAUUGCUUGGCAGUUUCCUUGUGUUUAGAUGCAUAUUUGGAUUUUUCUCAGAGUAACAUUCUUACGUAGAUUUUAUGUUUUGUAGCUGUAACGUGUACUUUCGUCCAAUAAGUUUUUGAUGAUUUAUUAUUUAUUUUGUAUGUGUGUAUGGCAUAGCACAGGUAUGGAGUUUAGUGAACAAAAUUCAAGAAUCGCUUCCCUGCCUGGCUUCCUCCACAAGCACUUUUACUCACUGAGCCUUGUCGCAAGCCCCAAAUAGGAUUCUGUACUGUUACUGUCUUUUGUUUUGUGGGACAGUCUCUCCAGGAAUUGUCUCUCCAGGAACUAUGGAGACCGGGCUGGCUUUGUGUUUGCAGGGACCUGCCUGCUCUCUGCCUCACAAGUGCUGGCAUUACAGGUGUGUGUGCCACUACGGAAUUUUUUAAUACAUUUUUUCUUUUAUAUUCGUUAACUUUUCUAAUAGGUAUAUUAAAGAACGUUAACUUCCUCAUUUACUGAGAAGGGAUCUUCAGUUACCCUUUCAUAGUCAACAUGGUUUUAAAUUGUAUGUCUUUAUAAGUUAAAACCCGCUGUCAUGUUCAGCAGUUUGGAACUGGUUUUUAACAUGUAAACUUCACUUUAUGCUUAUGCUGCUCAACUUUUAUUACAAGGUUUUUUUUUUUUUUACAACUUUUAUUACAAGAAAUAUACCAUGCUGAUAUAAGUGGUUCAUUGGUCAAAAAUGCGUGAGACAGUAUCAUUUAUCCCAAUAAAGAGGGAUGAAUCAUAGGGAAUCCUUUCAAGUAAUGGUGGUGCUAUUUCUUUUUAGAUGCAAUUUCUACGCUGUUUGACACUUGUUUUAAAGGAAUUGAUUACAUUUUAAUGUAGUUUCUAUUUGCUUGGUGUUUCUAUUUGCUGAAAGUACUUUGUGGUUGAAUAUAGUUCCUACUUUUGUAACUGUAAUUAUUGUCCUCCCUGAAAAGUUGUGAUAUAGAGAGGAAGAAAUAGUUCACGAGUAUUGGUUAUUCCCAUUUUUAAAAGGUGGCAGUUUUGUGCAUUUUCAUGAUUCGAAUUUCAUUUGAAUUUUCAAGCAGAUGUCCAAGAUGUGACUGUUUUUAGCCUCUCCUGGUUACUGAGGAUUACCUUCUCCUCAGGUGGUCCUUUUCCAGGCAUUGACACAAUUGCGGAGACUCGCUUUUCACUGUGUUGCUUGCUGUCUACUCAGCAUUUCAUUAAAAUACAGAGCUCUGUUUCCCAUUAAUACCAGUGCUUCUUAGAUUCCAUAAAACUGCAUACUCGUAAACCAUGGUAGAUAAAAAAAUGAGCAAGAUGUGUAUUUAGUACAUCCAAACUGGUGAACAUUAACCCUUCACCUCCAUUGUUAAGUUGCCCUAAUUGCUUAGUGUAACGUUUGUUAAAAGCAUCCAACCAUGUGUAUUUUGUAAUAAAUCAUUCAUUUGGCUGUAA